AUGGACCCAUCAGCACGGGCUUCGCAGCCAGGCCUAGAAGUGAGGAAUACUUACGACACGGACCCCGUUGUUGUCGACAGCCGAACGGGUCACUGGACCGCGCCGUUCCAUGACGGCUCCGGACACAGCUACGCGGCCAUCUCCGAACCGAGUGGUGCUUUCGUGGGGAACAACAAGGCACCGAACACUGCUGGUGUCAACGGAGCUUACGAAGGUCGCCGCGACGGCUAUGGAGAACACGACGGCGUCCAUAACGCACAACAACCUGGCCGAGGCAGACGCUUUCCUUGGCUGCUCUUCGGUAUCGGCGGUCUGGUCGUCUUGGUUCUUGGAGGAGUUGUCGGCGGCAUAGCUGAGUGGAAAGUUAUAGCAAACCAAAGCCAGCAGCUAACCGAGAAUCUGCCUGGGGCCGUGGGCGAUCCCCCAUCGACAAGCGCGACUAAGAUCAUGCAGAACUCCGCGCUGGCUGCCGUCGGAUGGCGAUUCGGCGCCGACAUUACUCUGCAGGUCUUUUUCCAAGGCCCCGACGCCUCAAUGCGUCGGUCUCAGUAUAUGCCGCUAUUUCAGAACUGGACUGCGCCCAUGGAAGCUGGCGUGGCACCCAAGCCCAACUCUCCUUUUGGCGCGAGCCAGCUAUGGACGAAGCCAACCGAGGCACUGCCGGAAAUACCGCAAACUGAAGUCUUUUUCAUUGGCUCGCCUGAUAAUAUCCUCGGCGUGAACUGGCGUGAAAGCUUCUCGAGAGGAGGCCUCCCUGAUAGCGUCAACGAGGGGAGGUAUACACUAAGCAAUGCCGGCACACAGAUGGCGGCAUAUUGGCCGUUUACCCUUCUCCAAGCCAGUAACGGAGACGUCAUGGAGGUGUUCUACGACUACAAAGCGCCGAAAUUCUAA